CCUAUAUAGCUGGGCGGACCUGGCUGCCAAGAGGGUGUGCUGGGGGACUGUGCAGCUCGAGGCUCCAGAGGCACGCUCCAGAGAGAGCCAAGGUUCUGACACGAUGAGGCAGCACCUGAGCCGGUGGUGGCUGGCCACUGUCUGCAUGCUGCUCCUCAGCCACCUCUCCGUGGUCCAGGCCAGGGGCAUUAAGCACAGAAUCAAGUGGAACCGGAAGGCUCUGCCCAGCACUGCCCAGAUCACCGAGGCCCAGGUGGCUGAGAACCGCCCGGGAGCCUUCAUCAAGCAAGGCCGCAAGCUCAACAUCGACUUCGGAGCGGAGGGUAACAGGUACUACGAGGCCAACUACUGGCAGUUCCCCGAUGGCAUCCACUACGACGGCUGCUCCGAGGCCAACGUGACCAAGGAGGUAUUUGUCACCGGCUGUAUCAACGCCACCCAGGCGGCAAACCAGGGGGAGUUCCAGAAGCCGGACAACAAGCUCCACCAGCGGGUCCUCUGGCGGCUGGUCCAGGAGCUCUGCUCCCUCAAGCGCUGCGAGUUUUGGUUGGAGAGGGGCGCGGGACUUCGGGUCACCAUGCACCAGCCAGUGCUCCUCUGCCUGCCGGCUUUCGUCUGGCUCAUGGUGAAAUAAGCUUGCCAGGAGGCUGGUAGUGCAGAGCGCAGCAGCAACCAAAUCCCCGCAAGUGACCCAGCUCUUCUCCCCCAAACCCAGGCAUGUUCUGAAGGUGCCCAGGAGCGGCGAUGCACUCGCACUGCAAAUGCCGCUCCCACAUAUGCGCCCUGGUAUGUGCCUGUGUUCUGAUAGAUGGGGGACUGUGG